GGUUGUCUGAAGUUAUUUGUAGAUCUAUGCGAUGUAUGUGUGUUCAUGUUCAACAUCAUCAGACAUAAAACACAGAUGAGUAGUGUCUCUGUCUCUAAGGCCUGGCUCUUCUGGUGUCGGCUCAUGUCGCAUCACAGUUGAAGUGACCCAAGGGCUGCUGGGAUAUUUUUCUGUCAUGCUCAACAUCUCACAACUAGCUGUCAGUAUUGACAGAGACUCAGGCUAUUAGGUUUGAUGUCAGUUACUGUAUGUGCUCUGUUGUCAUGUGCUUCACAACAUAUUCACUGACUUUGACUGAAUUUUAUUUGAGUGUUUUUGAUUUCUACAUUAUAAUGACUAUAAUUGUACAAUAGUUUCUAAGGUAACCCAGGCUUUACAUGACUAACUUAAAACACUGCAAUAAAAAUGAUUAUUAUUAUUUAUCUCUGAAGUAACCAAAUGUACAGCUGCUAUCAAAUAAGACAGCAGCUUUAAAGGAAAGAAAAUAAAGGUUUUCUUAGAGGAGUGAUUCUUUCAAAAGAGGAUCAACAUCUGAUUACUUAUGCCACUUAUAUAAUCUCAAGCAUCAUUUGCCUGCUUUACAUGCAUUAUGCAUUAGGGACAGGAUGGGAAAUGUGGAUAGAAUUCAGACUCACCCAAGAGAAAAAGUCGGGUCAGUGACCAGCCUUAUAUGUGGCUUAAAACGUGUAUGAUCUUCUUGCUGCUCGUUUUGCUUGCUGUUGCCAAAUUCUCCUUAACACAGCUGGAUACCACUGUCUUCUUAAAGGAUUGAUUUUUAAAUACAAGCAUGUAAAGCAUGACUUGGAGAGUGGCUUGAUUCUUUCAUGACAAAAAAAUAAUGUAAUACUCAUUCAAAUUGUGCUUUUUCUGUGUAAGGUGUACUUUGGUUGGAUAUACCUGUGAGACUUUUUUUUUUUUGUAGAUCUAUCAUCAUUCCUUAAAUAACAGGCACCCUCUAUAGGUUAGAAACUUAAUUGCAACACAAUUCACUGCCUUUCUAAAUCUACACUUCAUUGAGAGUCUGACUUAAACUCAACACAUCAGUAACGCUACACACUAACUUUUGCAUGUUUUUAAAUGCUGUCUGUCAAAUUAACUUAUGUCUUACCUCCCUCCUCCUCCUCCUUAUCCUUGACCCUCCUACUGUACCUCCUCUUCCCCUCUGCUUCUUCCCCGGUCUCUUCUUUCCGCUCUGCCUUCCUGCCGCCUUCUUCUUCUUCUCUCUCUUCCUCUCCCUCUUUUUCUUGCCCCUCCACACAGAUGCUCCCAGCCGCCCAGCUUGACAGGAGUGAUGGGAUGUGUCAACUAGCAGGUGAAGCAGUCCUAGACGAUGUUAUCGGACUGAAGGAUUCGUCUGCAGUUUUCACAUCAGAGCGAGACAGAGGAGGGACAGAGAGAGAGGAGGAGGAACAGGAGGACAACAAAGACACGAGCAUGGGUGUGGGGAAGAAUACCACCUCCAAGUCGUUGGACAGCAGCAGUGAGGGCGGAAAAUAUGAAGAGGAGAGCAAGCAUGGAGCAGAUUUCUACCCAAUUCCGGUGGUGGUCAACGGAGUGGGCGGGGCAAGUGGAGACCAGGAUACUGAGAACACAGAGCUAAUGGCCAUCUACACAAAAGAGAAUCAAGGAGCAGAAAAGAGCUCAAUGUCUGAGACGUUAGACAGCACAGACAGUAUUGACGCCAGGAGGAUGGAUAUGAUCUAUACUAUAGAAGACACCCCACCCUGGUAUCUGUGUGUGUUCUUAGGCCUACAGCACUACUUGACAUGUUUCAGUGGAACCAUCGCGGUGCCAUUUCUCCUCGCUGAGGCCAUGUGCGUCGGCUUCGAUCAGUGGGCCACCAGCCAGCUCAUUGGAACCAUCUUCUUCUGCGUAGGGAUCACCACCCUGCUACAAACCACAAUAGGAUGCAGGUUGCCUUUAUUCCAGGCCAGUGCUUUUGCCUUUCUCGCACCGGCCCGAGCCAUCCUCUCACUGGACAAAUGGAAGUGUAACAACACAGGUGUAGUUCCAGUUUUUAACAGCACAGAGCUCUUCCACACAGAGCACAUCUGGCACCCCAGGAUACGAGAGAUCCAAGGGGCUAUUAUCGUGUCCUCCAUGAUCGAGGUGUGUAUAGGAGCACUGGGGCUUCCUGGGCUCCUGCUUAAAUACAUCGGACCUCUAACCAUCACCCCCACAGUGACCCUCAUUGGCCUCUCUGGUUUCCAGGCCGCCGGAGAGAGGGCAGGAAAACACUGGGGCAUCGCAAUGCUAACUAUCUUCUUGGUGCUGCUCUUCUCUCAGUAUGCCAGAAAUGUUCAUUUCCCUCUGCCGGUCUAUAAAGCCAAAAAAGGCUGGACUUUCUACAGGCUGCAGGUCUUCAAAAUGUUUCCUAUCAUCAUGGCCAUUCUGAUGUCAUGGCUGCUGUGCUUCAUUUUCACUGUGACGGAUGUUUUCCCGCCGGAGAAAGACAAGUAUGGCUUCUACGCCCGCACAGACGCACGACAAGGAAUCCUCACCGCUGCCCCGUGGUUUAAGAUCCCAUAUCCCUUCCAGUGGGGUCUUCCUACUGUCACAGUUGCGGGUGUGAUCGGCAUGAUGAGCGCGGUGGUGGCAAGCAUCAUUGAAUCUAUUGGAGAUUACUACGCCUGUGCACGUCUGUCCUGUGCUCCUCCACCCCCAAUCCAUGCCAUCAAUAGGGGGAUAUUUGUAGAAGGAAUUUCCUGUGUUCUGGACGGUCUUUUCGGGACAGGAAAUGGCUCCACCUCGUCCAGUCCAAAUAUAGGCGUCUUGGGGAUCACAAAGGUGGGCAGCAGACGUGUGAUUCAGUAUGGGGCUGCCAUGAUGCUGCUGUUGGGGCUCAUUGGUAAAUUCAGCGCUCUGUUUGCGUCUCUUCCUGAUCCGGUCCUGGGCGCUCUCUUCUGCACCCUGUUCGGUAUGAUCACAGCGGUGGGACUGUCCAACUUGCAGUUUGUCGACCUCAACUCCUCCAGAAACCUCUUUGUUCUGGGUUUCUCCAUCUUCUUUGGUCUGAUGUUGCCAAGCUACCUCAAACAGAACCCGCUGGUCACAGGCAUAGUCGAAGUUGACCAAGUGUUGAAUGUGCUCCUCACCACUGCCAUGUUUGUCGGAGGCUCCGUCGCCUUCAUUCUGGACAACACAAUUCCUGGUACUGCUGAAGAACGAGGCAUCAAGAAGCUGAAACGAGGCAUUGGUCUCAGUACAUCAGAACUCGAGGGGAUGAGGUCUUAUGAUCUUCCAUUUGGAAUGGACUUCAUCAACAGACACGCCAUCUUCAAGUACAUCCCUAUCAGCCCCACCUUCACAGGCUACCAGUGGGGAAGGCUACAGGAAGCCUGCAGGAGCAGAACGGGACAUGGGGAUGUGGUGAAGGGCGGAGGAAUCAGAGGGGAGGGAGGCACAACAGCGGAGGAUAGUCGGGUAUAGCCACCAGGCUGCUUCUGACAAAAUCUUAAAAGUGGCUGAAUUUGGGGAGCAAGGGAUGGGACACUAAGAAAAAUGGAUGGGAGAGUGGAGGACAGGAGUGGUGCAGGAUUCAAGAUUGCUCGGAAGAAAAUGUGAUGCACCAAACCCCCCCCCCCCCCCCCCCCCCCCCCAACCACCAGUGUGUGUUUUCUUUAGCUUGUGUCAAUCUUAUCCCACUUCCUACUAUGCUAUAUAAAGCAUGCUCCAGCAAGUCACAGCAUGAUAUAGAAGAUGUCUCCACACGGAGGUUAGUUGGUGUGUGUUCAUGUGUGUGCACAAAGGAAAAAGCAGGUUUGUGCAUUUGCACUUUAAUCCAGAUGAGAUAGACGGACGUAAAAAAACAAUCUUAACUGAAUGUUGGAUGAUCACUGCUAACUUAAACUGCCUAAGUACGAUUCUACUAAAAGCACAGUAGAUUUGAUCAUAUCAAUUGAGGAUUAUGCAAAAUGUCAUCUAUGAGAAAUUUGCCUCUAGAUUCUUAUGCAACCACAUUAGAUACACACAAAAGCACACACAUGCUCGCACACCAAAAGCCUCAUUAAAAACUAGCUUGAGCGCUCCGAUGCACGUCAAGGUGAUGCAGAUUGAUGGAAGUGGUUUGUCAGGUGCCCUUACUCAUGCAAAGUGAUUGUGAAUUUUUUUUUUUUCUUUGCACUAUCUGCCUCUUGAGUUAAAACCAGAAUGUCACUCCACAGUGCGCGUGCCCCUGUUUCCUCAGUGAAACUCCUCAGAGACCCAUUUACCAAAACAUCCCACUUGCUCAUCUCAUGCGACACGUCAUACUUCCUUUUUCUGUCAUGAAGCAGAGUGCUGAAAAUCACAAGACCUCUGCUAAUACACACCAGUUUAAAGACAUCCUACUUUCAUUUGCCGUCAAAUAAGACUUCAAAUUUUGUAAAAAAAAAAAUGUUAUUACUGCUCUGCUAUAUUUUUGAUCAUCUCCUCUUACACACAGAUGCACUUGCAUACCAAAACAGUAAUUUAGUAAUGUCUCUACUUCCCUUAUAACAGCUGAUCAUUUAAUACAUUAAUGGCUCCCAGUAACACAGACGUGGCCUUUUUCAACAUGAUAUAAGAUUUAUUUAUUUUUUCCCCGGUUGCCAGUCUGAGAUUGGUGCAGACUCUUGCUCUUCACUUUCUCUUUUGGUUAUCUCCAUCAACAUCCUCCUCUGCACUUGGCUCAGUAUUCUUGGUAUAGAUAGUGUGGCAGUCAACAGCUUUUUUCCAGAAGUAGUCCUGUAAAGCAUGACAUACUUUUCUAGUAGGAUUCCGCCUACUAGAGCCAAAGUACAUAACGCAAGAACAGAUGCAGAGUCAGAAUGGGGGAAAAAAAGGCACCCAUCUCCCUUUUACAGGUCAAGGUUACCAUCAAAUUGAUUUGAAAGCUGUUAAAUGAAGGUCAAAUAAUUGCCGAAUGGUCCUCUAAAUGUUCUUCCUCAUGUGACUGCAGAGAUUUCUGACGCUCUGUGUAGGUCUUCUCUCAGUUUUAAGCCGUCACUAGUCCUCUGCUUUUAGGAGGAAUGUGUGUUAAUGUAGGAUUUACAAAGGCUGCAAAAUAGAUGAUUUAUCCCACUACUAUCCAAAAUCACUUGGUAUUCCCAUGUGUGUUUUCAGUAAGCCACAGCAUUAUUAUACUAAUAUGUAAGGGUGGUGGUUUAGUUUGCAUUUAGAGUAUUUAAAUAUAAGGGUUGGGGGGGUAAAUGUCAUUCUAUUGUUUAAAAAAAAAAAGAUGUAGUGUGUAUUUUUGCUGCAGCCUGUCAUGACUUUAAGGAUGUCAUCGUCAUUUUUUACUAUUUUAAUCAUAUUGAUGACUUUCCCUUACAUUCCUACUUCUUCUCCCAUCCUCUGUCAGCUGUAUUCUUCCCCCUUCUACCCCCCUCUCUCUGUGACAUGUUAAUAUUUGAUGCGGUUCAAGUCUGGUUUUAGUUGGGCGUAUUUGGCUGAGACACAGAAAGUCUUGGAGCAUCAGCAGGCUUUACCCUCAUGAACCCAGGAGUGACCGUUAAGAGCGAGUCUCUGAUUUGACCUCACUGCGUGCCUCUGGUGAUUUAAAUAAAGAAAAGAAAAGAAAAAGAAACACAGCUAUUUCAAAAAAUAUGCCAUUAAAAUGUUUACAACAUUUUGAUCUUUGUAAAUGUAGAAAAUUAAUCAUGAACAGCAACAAAAAAAAAGAAACUUACUUCAAAAUAUUUAGCCCAGCUGAGAUUUUCACUGAACCAAGUUCAUCAAAAUUCUUUGAAUUUCCUCUUGCGUUCUGUUACCCUAUACCAAAACUUUUCUAUAAGUAUAAGCAACAAUCUUUCUGACUUUGGUUAUUUAUUUAUUUAUGAGAAGAGAGUUCAUGUUUAAUGAUUGCUUAAAGCCUGUUUAUGUGUCUGUUGCACAUUGCUGAAAGUAUAUUUAUUAGUUUACUUGUGCUUGUAGAGAUCAGUGUGAUGAUUGACAGCUGCUCCGCCUCCCCUCAGCCUCAGCUACAGUCGGUGUUCAGCAGCUUUUUCUAAAGAUAGUUUCUAAUAUAAGCUGCCUCUAUUUCAUUCCUUUUAUAUCAUGAUGUUUUUAAAAAAGAAGAGAAAAACACUUUUCAAUCUUAAACUGGAUAGUUAAGUCUGAGUCAGGGCCUUUUUACAAUAAGUACUGUUUGCACAUGUAGCUGUGCCAAGAACAUCGGGUUAACAUCGAGUAAUACUGACUAACCCGAGACCCUCAAAUGUCACUUGAGUGCUGAUUUAAUAUGAAGUCAAGUGUGAACAUUUUCCUGUUUGAUGGUUUGAAAACAUGUUUUGUAAUGUCUUUCUGAUGAUAUAUUUUUGGGCCUUAGUUUAUGUUAUCAUUGCUAGUCAUGUAUGACCUCAUCCCCCCCCCCCCCCCCUCUGUAUAUUACACUAACGAUUCUGCUGUGCUUGUAGCCCACCCUAACGUUUCAGAUACUGUCCUCACAUCAAAGCAGUGGGAUUCCUCUUUUGAAAAAUGUUGUGCUUAAGCAGAUGUCUACAGUGUGCAUGGUUAUAUGUUGACGUGGGACAAAAUCAAGGUUAAAGGUCUAACAUGUCAACAGACUGUGGUGCUACGCUCUGCUCUGCUCUUCUAGUUAGCUAGCCUGUUGUAAUUCACUGACGAGGAAUAAGAAAUAGUCAAGCUCUGCAUCGCAAACUGAAACCAAAAAAUGGAUCUCAAGAGGUUCUGACUCCGUUUAAAUGAGAGCACAAGUGGUGGCCUGUUUUUCUAGAAUUCAAACAGUCAUAUAUUUCAGUACAUCAAAAUCACAGCUAUCAAAGUGUGAGACCUGUAUGAUGUUAGAGAACCGUCCUCAGUUACAAAGAGAUAAAAUAACGUGUUUGAAAAGGUUUUAUUAUUGAAAUCCCUGAGUAGGUUACAGAAUCUGAUUGAUUUCAGGGAAUACCUGCAGAGUUUGUGGACAUGUUGGUCUCUAUCAUAUAUUUCAUAUGAUGGAUAUAAUGUGAUUAAGUCUGGAAACUCUCAUGCAACCAAUCAGACCGUUGCAACGUUUGACAUAGCAUUGGACUGCUGGGCGAGGUAGCUGGUUCCAACUUCCAACUCAUGAAGUUUCUUGAAGUUUGGCUGCAGAUGAUAAAGCAGUCUGACUUUCCAUUUGUAUGAACUACUAUCGAGUUUGAUGCUUACAUGUUCAUCACGGUAGAUUCAGAAGUUUCCACAAUGACAGCAGCCGUUUUGGUUGUGAAUUAAAAUACCUCAAUGGUUCUAACACCCGUCCCAUAUCAAAUAAACUGUUGUGAUUGGCCCAACCUUUUAUGAAGUUAGACGAAAAUCUGUCUAAACUUGAGGGUUCCCGUCCUAAACACAUCAGGCUUUUUUUUUUUUCAGGCUAACAAUUGUGAGUUCAGUAGACAUCUAUGAGAGGUCACAAAAAGGCUAGCUAGUGACAAAUGAUCUGAGCAGAAACUGUAAAUCUAAAUCCUUCCACUUGAAAUGCUGGCUGUGCCCACGACUGGUAGCUGUUUGAUUAAAAAAAAAUGCAGUGUUUUAAUGACACACCAGCUCCCUUGCCCGCACUGUGUGACCUCGCUGCCUGAGCAGGUGUUGAUCCGGCCAAGUUCAGGGAGGGGUACCUCUCAGUGAAUGCUCAAAUUUGAAUCACACACACAUAUUUUCCGUGACCUCGUCAUCUGUGUCAUGUUCUUACAACCAGCACUUACUUCUCCCAUCACAUCCUCUCUCAUUGCUCCACACUCUCCACUCUCUGUUUGAACCCCUCACCCCAACCUAACGAGCUGCAGUGAUAAUAUAUUGGUGUCCUCCCGUGUUUAGUGUACCUGCUUUUCUCCCUGGGAGGUCUUACUGUUAAUGUUUCUGGAUGUAGGAGAAGACACUGUCGACUGACCACCUUACUAAGAGCCUGACUGAAGUCAUCAGCAGCUGAUGAACCUGCCUUAUCAUGAACAUUGGAUGUCUUUGUGUCUGAAGGCAGCUUCCUCUUGUUCCUAACUUUUACUUUCCAGUUUUUAACGUACUUUGUCUUCAGUUAUAGUACAAACACUUUGGAUCUCACAGCCCAGACUCUCUUCCUGAUGGUUUUCUGACUGGAUUUACAGAAAGUCAGUGUAACCACCAGGAGGCUCUUAGGAAGGUGGCCAUGUGGUGUAUAACACAAAGACAUCAAUCCCUUUCAGUUAUUUUGAAGGGGUUCCUACCUGAAGAAUAUACUUUGAUGUAUUUGGUGUUCUAUCUUUUUAAUGUUUGUUUUUUUAUACAUCGUUUCAUGUUUUUGCAAGCGAAUAUUUGUAAGAAAUAGAUCAUAACUUUUAAUCUUAAUUCAUGCUGGAAUUGCACCAUUUUGUUUGACUUUUUAUGUAAAAAGUAAAAAAAACAUUUUGAUCCUUUAUUGAAUCUGUGGUUUGGUGGAAUCUUUCUGUCUGUUGGGACCUUUUUCAUAUUGUAUUUUUUUAAUCUAACAUUGCUUUCUGUCCAUGUUAACACAUUACCAGUAUAAAUGAACGACCGAGCUGAGAAACUUUAAAUAGAUGUAAAAAAAAGUAAAUAAUAAUAAUUAGAAUAAAAUGUAUAUUUAAUGGAGUUAAGUUUGCUAAAUCUUAUGGAAGAGAAAUUGUGUAAACAUAUUGUAGCAACAAAAUGUUUUAUGCUCUGUUCCUCAAACAAUUUAAGAAGAUGUUACUGAAUGAAUGCAGUCUUUUGUCUUUAUUGGUCACCAAACGUUAUUGUGACAAUAAUAUGAUACUGAUAUAUGUAGCCUGUGAUAUAAAUAUUGCUGUGCUGUACAGAAAGAUCUAAACGCUACUGAAGACACAAGUUUUGUUUUGUUGAACUAUGAGAAUGUGUCACUUUUUUAUAGCUAUUAAAAUACAGUGUCAAAUUGGUAAAAAGCCUUUCAA